AUGUCCAUCUUGAAACUGCCGACAGAGCUUCUGGACGAAGUCUUCUCAUACCUGGAUUGGGACCGCUCAGAGUAUCUCUACCCAACGAAGCCGGAUAUCAUCAAUGCAAGCCUCUCUUGCAGAGAGCUCCGGGAAGCUUUAAUUCCCUCGGUCUUCCGUGAUGUCGUCCUGAGACUGCGGUGGGCAGGAGGGCAACUUGUUGAGCCUCGCCUCUAUACGUUGCGGACCGAACAUCCUGAGCUUGCAAGACAUAUUCGAUGCGUCUACAUACGGUAAGCCGAUCUCAGCGAGAGCUCGACCUUUUCUUCUCUACAUUCUGUCUCUGGGCGCCGCCCGGUUUGUAACAGACUAGAUGUGCAUAGGCUGACCAGAUACGCGACAGUACUGAAUAUGAACAAUGCCAACACUGUGCAGAGAGAGGCGAUCCCCAACCCUUUACUGUGCCCCAGAAUGUGCACGACUGGUUGAACCCAUCUGGAAGCGCUGGCAGCCUACCAGUGGGCCAAGCCGGCCUGCGCACAAGGGCAGACGCACUUGCAGCCAAAAUGCUCCAGGUAGAAGAAGGACAGGCUUCGUGCCUUUCAUCAAAGGCGGAGGAGCUUGUGCUACGCAGUAAACAGGGCCAGCAGUCGCCACCGGAAAUAGACGCACUCGCAAUCGGUAAGCUUCACAGAUAUAAGCUCUUGUUAGGAUUCUAGCUGACAACAUUCCAGUCAUGCUCUGCAUACCAGCCUGCACUACUACGCUGGUAUUCAAGUCUUUGACCAACAAUGUACGGAUGGCCUCACGAGACCGUUUCGCGCACCGUCUCCUUUCCACUGCCCUCCGGCUCCUCGGGGACAGACUACAAGAUCUGACCACGGUAACAACCUCCGUCAAGAAUCCUCUCGGAAUGUCAAGACAUCAACGUCAGCCGAGAAUCCUCGCAAAGAGCAUCGAAGACUUCGACGGCAUCACGGGAGAGAUCGUACAGAACCUCCACCUCCAUCGUCUCUCCUUCGCGCUCAGCGACGAGGCCGAGAUGAAACCCCAGACCUACCCUCCUGAUCUGUUCUCCGCGGGCUACAGUCGCUGGCAUCAAGCAGCAGACAACGUCCGAGAACUAAACAUUUGCUACGUACGAGCCGAAGCCCGCGAGCUUCUGCAACUUCUGAAGGGGUUCCACUCCCUCCAACGCCUCUCGUUCCGAGACUGUGUGCUGCGAGUCCAGUCCAAUGCCCUGCCAGCUCCACGACAAGUCCGGUUCGAGGCGCAGCAGAACGUCUGGCUCUUAUUCGCCAUCGAACUCCGUCAAGCUCUGCAGCACGUCAAGAUCCACAUGCGUGACAUACGCUCACAUGGAGAACAAGCGUACCUGACGCCUUCUACCGUCGCGUGGCUUCUCUCGCAAGCCGUGCCGCCCGGUGCUCUUAUUGAUGCGGACCGUGAAGAGCGGCUCAUGCAGGACUUCGGCAGCUUCUUACCGCUGUGGCUCGCCGAGGACAGCGAGAGAGGUGCGGCGGCUGCAGAGGAUUGGGUGAAUACACGAGCAGCUCUCAGCGACACGGCUAUGAGCCGACGGUGGAGAUGA